AUGCGUCAGGACAUCCCUACCCGAUGGAAGACGAUCUUCGAGAGCUCGAUUGGCGUUGACCUCCGCCAAGCGGUCCGAGACGGUGAAGGCUUCGAUCCUUGUGAGAGCGGACUUCGAUCUGUCUGCUGGAAAGCAUUUCUGCUCUAUGGGCCCGUCAGUCAGGCAUCAUGGCCGAAACAGCUCGCGGAUUCCAGGGGUACCUACACGUCAUUGAGGGACCACUUCCUCCGCUUCAUUGACCAUCCUAAUGACCUCAAUUCGCAGGCUGAUCCUCUAGCUGAUGAUGAGUCGUCACCAUGGUCGAAUCUCCGCCAAGACGAGACCAAUCGCGAGGAGAUAUUCCAGGAUGUUACGCGCUGCAUGCAGGACAACUUCUUUUUUCGGGAGCCAGAGACACAACGAAUGCUACUGGAUAUACUCUUCAUCUACUCCAAGCUCAAUCCAGACAUUGGGUACAGACAGGGCAUGCACGAGUUACUGGCUCCUCUGCUUUGGGUUGUUCAUCAGGACGCCGUCGAUAUUGCCUCCUUCAGUGUCUCUGAUCGUCAGACUGAUGGGGUUGACCUCAUGCUGGAGAUACUAGACAGUAAGCAUCGCGAAGCAGACGCCUUCACCCUCUUCUGCGCGGUCAUGCAGACUGCCAAGAGCUUCUACGAAAUGGGCGAUAACCGGGACUCAUCGCCGAUCAUCACCAAGAGUCGCAGAAUUCACGACGACUUGCUAGGAGCCGUUGAUCCCGAGCUCGCACUACAUCUCCAGGUUGCAGGGGUCCUGCCGCAGAUCUACGCCAUCCGAUGGAUUCGCUUGCUUUUCGGUCGCGAGUUCGACUUCAAGGACGUUCUUCGAAUGUGGGACAUCCUGUUUGCUGAAAAGCUUCGUUCGGACGUUAUUGAUAUGACUUGUGUGGCAAUGCUGUUGAGAAUGAGGUGGACGCUUGUCGAGGCGGACUACUCCACCGCCAUCACGGCCCUGACUCAUGUGGAGCUGCCAGAUUCUGAUAGAGAUCCUCGCAGCUUGGUAAGAGAUGCCAUAUUGCUAGAGAAAUCUCGAACGCCGGAUGCGGGUGCUUUGUUGAUACAAAAGUACAGCGGCAGGAAACCAAAAGUACAGAGCUCUGAUCGAGCGCGCAUCAGUAUUGAUCAUACACCGACACGCAGGAAUUCGAGGACGCCUCAGUAUCAUCUGUCUCCGAAUCCUUCCCCAGCUCGCUUUACUGGCCCGCAGAGACAGCUUGAGACCCUAUUUAACGACGUCUCGGGCGGAAUCCGAAGUAGAGCGGAAGGAUGGAAUGUCUCCAAGGCUGUCCGGGGAGCGGUAGGAGAGAUGAAACGCAACAUGAGCAGCCUUCAAGCUCAAGCUGCGCAUUCUCGGCAGUCGAGCGUUGAUGUGCUUUCCGCGACAGGCGAUGCACCGCACCGCGACAACCAACGGCUGGAAAAACGAGUGAAAGAGCUGGAGACGAGAAACAAGGCUUUGGCAAGGAUGCUGGACGGCGCUCUAGGAUCACUGCGUGGGAGCAAAAUCACGGACGCAGAAACAGCCGAGAAGGCGGAAGAGACGUUCAACAUUUCGCUUGCCAAGAUCCAGUUCGUGUCAGUCUAUCUGUCAGACCCAGACAUACCCAUUCCACCGGAAGAUACCGCAGCGAAGAUGCAGGUAGCACCUUCGGAACCGCCGAUAGCCGACACGGCAGCACCGCUGGAAGCGCAAGAAGAGUCUUCAGAUGCGCGGGCCUCGGUACCCGAGGUGCAGCCCGUUGGUGAGGCGACACCAUCGCCAGCUCUCACGGCAGGCCGAUCGCCUCGCCAAUUGUCCCCUUCCCCGCAGAUCGACAACGCAAAGACAAGGCCCGCGGUGCGGCCCUCAUUGACGGACUCAUCAUUCUCCUUCAUGCUAGGCGAAGGUCGACAUCGGAGCAGCUUUGUGAGUUCCGUGGCAAAUCUGCCCGAGGAGAGACGGAACAGUGAUUCCACCGACAAGCCACUAAACAAAGCGUUGACACAUGAGCAGAGACAAAAGCAAAAGCAGAAGGCCAAGGAGAGGAAAGGGAAAGAGGACGACGGGUUUACCAUGAGUAGCAUGCGAGGAGGGGGCCCGCUGUAG